CUACGCAUAAACCUAUUUGCAGUACAGGCACCCCACCCCUCCCGCUUAGCCGCAACCAAUUUAUUUGCCCACCCCAAAAGUGGAACACAGAACCCCAUAAUCACAAUCACAAUCCGCCCGGCGUAAACGGCUGCAGCGGCGCGAUAUGGAACGUUCUAACCUUUUUGCAAAUAGUGUAAAGUUCAGGCGCGUUCGCGUACGUGCUUUACCACACUACGCUCUGCUUGCAGUGUGUACCGUCCGACACCUGUUUUCUAAUCACGAGUACGAACACCCAUAGCAAAUGACUUAUUUAAUGGCUUCUACCUCUGCCUAGCCGUGCUGCAUGCUCCCUCUCUAUAGCACUGCUGGUGCGUUGUUUAUUUUCUUUUCCACUCGCCACUCGCCCCACACAACCAAAAACCGCAAACCGCAACAGCACUGAGCGCUGCUGCCUGAAUCGAUAUUCGCCCAUUAACUGUUUACACAGUGACUUUUUAAUGCACACAGGGUCCCUCCAUCCCUAUCUACCCACGGACAAACCAUACACACAUGCACUGCUAGGUGAGAUUGUGGUUGUGGGAUUUAAAACCAACAAAAAACCAGCAACACAUACCGGGCGUAAGCUUUCAUGUUUUGCACCGCCUGUCCAAACGGUAGCAUAAGUCAUAAGUGAACUUGAACCACACCGCACCAUGAAUUGUGCGCAUUUUAAUCCGCACCGACCCAGCGUGGCCGACGCGAUACGCGCGAGCGCAAGCCGGUACGCAGCAGCAGCAGCAGCAGCCAUGAUCACACGCGAUCCGGCGAGCCCCUACGCAAGCGGGAAAGCGUAAUUGAUUGAUCUUGUGUCAAUUUAUUUCGCAUUUAUCUUCCAGCAGAAGACAAACAAAAAAAACACACACACGCACUUUGCCUUGAACAUAGUCGACGGAGAGGAAAAAAGUAACAUUUUACGUCUUUUCUUCAUAAAAAAACACGCACAAUGACUCGAGCGUUCUGUGGCGUCUUUUUUGUUUUUCUUUCGCUCCAUUAAAACACACCGCCAUGUGUCUUGGCACCACUUGCUUCUUUUCGCACUCUGCUGUGGCGCUAGCGUAGUGUUGGCUAUCCGAUGGCCUUCGCUAAUCACUCCCUCGCGAUCGUUAUUAGGUUAAUCUAUCACCCCGUCCCCGAACACACUCCCGGCCAUAGCUUUUACCGAUUGAAGCUAAACACUACACCACCUUCGGGCGAUGAUCCAUCAAUCGAGCUCAUUGACGUUAAGCAAAUUAUGACAGCUGCAGCUGGGUCGUCCCUCUGGCUCGCUGGUUGCUUCGUGCAAUAUAUCUCCUCUUCCACACGUGCCUGUGUUGGUUGCGCCUUGUUUCUAGCGACGACGCCGUUGGAAUGCUUUUGACGAGCUUGUUGAUUAUUUAUAUCCAUUCCCUCGCCAACUCGGCCUCUUGCUUCCUUUCUUCUCGUGCACUUCAUGCUCGAUGCAUGUGUCUGGGGAAUUCCUUUAUUUUUUGCUGCUGCCUUUGCUGCUAAUACUAGGCGGCUCCAUCGUAAGGUUGGAACGUUGUUGGUUGGUUUUUUUUUUGCUGUUGCCAUCAUGAAUUGCAUAACAGUUUCCCCUGAUAUCAAUCGAAAGAAUGCCACCGUGAUAUCUGUAUUAGUUGUCUUUGGUCAGCUUGUAUAGCGAACAAAUCGUAAUUCAACCCAUCUUAGCGAGCAAACAACUUAAACAAGCUAUAAUACACAGCCAUUCAGUCGCUCGCCUGCUGAUUAAGAGCUCAUGCGGUAAAAGUGCAUCUUUCUCUCGCUCUAAAGUGCAUCACGCCUUUGCUCGGAAUGCACUCGCGCCACCACAAUGCAACCCAUUUAGUGUAACAGCUUCGCCGAAUCGCACUUGCCGCUGCUGCUACCUCGCUGUCUCAAAACUUCACUUCAACAGCUCAUUCCUCUCACGUGGUUGAGUGUGCAAACGAAAUGGACAAUCGGUUCGGUUCAGCGAGAGCAAACGAAGGAGGACGCUCCCCACACACACACACUGUGGGUCACCACUCUGGGCAGCACGUGACGUUUGAAAGAUACCGCCGCCAUCGAUAAACAGUGUCCCCGCGGGGCCAGAGGGCACACACACAACCGCUUCAAGCGACGAACGCAAAAUUGAGAAGCAACACGACGAACGGCAGAAGAAAGAAAAACAAGGCAACAAACACGCAUGGCAAAAGAAAGGAACGCCAUUCGGUGCGCCCGGUGCGGGAAAACGCCGGUGAACGGAUGUACGGGUGGAUAUUGGCAAGCGAGACACGCGCAACAUGUGACAUUCGAUUAAAAUUCCCACAUCCGAAGGGCGCGCUGAACCGACGACCGUACCAGCUUCCAACCCAGCUCCACCGCCAGAGCAUGUGCGGUGGGGUGGUUCGCCAAUCUUCUACACCGGCUGCUGCUGCUGAUGUGGUGUGCGUGUGGCACGUUGCUGUUGACAAGUGCGACAAUGUGGCGCGCCUCUGCCGGCCAUUCGAUCGACCGUUGACAGAGGCGUGCACAACGCAGUGGAGAUAUUUCGCCGGCCCCAGCCGACCAUCGCUGGAAGGUGGAUGAUGGUGGUUUCUCCGUUUUCCGUCGUUUCGCAACAUCAUUUGCUCGCUUCGUCUGCUAAUGAAUUUUGGGAUGCAGGCAGCCAGGCAGCACCAUACUUUGUUGGUGGCCUGCUUUUUGGUGGGGGAAGCGAAAUUUUGCGCGACAAGCUUGAAGAAUGUGCCGAGCAAUUCGAGACAUUCGAGUCUGAUAAUGCGUCUAAUUGAUGGCAUUCCAGGGGAAUAGUUCCGGUUACGAGAGAAUCGAUACCUUUUUAUCUUUGAUUUUGAUACGAAAUUGCGAGUGCCAUAAAUACCGUUAUCUGCCCCUAAUCAAUGCGUAAUCGAUUUGAUUGAGCAAAUUGAGGUUGUGUACUUUCGAAACAAAAUAGCUUAUGGAUGUUUUUGUACCUUUAAAUCCCCUAUCAAUCUUUUCAAUCUUCCCGUAAUCGAAAAACAAAAAAUCGUUGACUAACGGGCUGAGUCGCCCACACACCCAUCCCACGUCACACAGCAAAACAACAACGCCAUCGCCUUUGUUGACUUUCCUUUUGAAUAAACAAAAGCAAUUUACUUCAAGCAUGUGCGUGACCUUGCAAGUUGUAGCGUGGCGAGUGAGAGAGUCGUUGCUCGGAAGCUAUUAAGCAAUGACUGCAAAUCGGCAUCCAUUGCUGACCCCGGGGCAGCCAUUUUCAAAUGCUUUUCCAACCCAAACCGAAGGCCACACACACACACACACACACACUCGGUCACAUCUUUCCUGUGUUGCACAAUGUUUGCUUUUGGCCGAAAUUUCCUGCCAGAACCGUCCUUCUGCGCCAAUCGAUCGAAAUGCCGUACCGCGUACGUCAACACGAUAUUGCUUUUCCGCCGGAGGAAGCUGCGGCCAUCAUGUAGAGAGAGGUAGAAUGGAGGCAGAGACUGAAAGCACACUCCUGCAGUCACCGACCGACCAGUGGAAACACAAAACAUGUUCGACAGUUUAAAAAUAGUUGCCCACCAGAAAUGGGUUUAAAACAGUUUCGCUCGCCACACCGCGACCACGUGGCCACCGUGCCGACGCACACAAGCGUCGGCAGCAAGUCUGCCAGCCUGCUCGGGACGGGAUGGAAGGCGGAUGGCGGGAAGCUUUCCAAGUAAAACAUACUUUUCUGCUCACAUUUUUUUGGGGGCAAGCAGCAAUUUUACUAAAAACGUUAAAUUGCUGCAUCCAUAAACUGAUCUGUCAGACUUGACAAAAAAUCUGUCAUGUUGAGGUGUCGUUUCCGGUCUUUCGCUAAAUGGUUUUAGUCUAAUUAUAGGGGCCUUUGAGCGUCACAUAAACCACAGCCGUUUUAGUUUUAGGUUUUAGUGGUGAUAGCACAGCACAAAAAAGAAUACCUCCUGUUAUACGGCUCCCUCUGAUUAUCGAUUUGACUCGCAAUCAAACCAUCCACAUAAUACCUCCGAGCCCUAUAACUUUACGAACCUCUCUGUCAUCAUCAAACAGCUAUUCCCACACAUACACACGCACGGAUGAUGGCUCUUAAAUGUGUUUAAUCCGCUCCGUGUGGUUUGAUGGGUUAAUUGCAGCGCUUUUAUCGAAGGCUAGAAGCGGAUUAUAUCGAACCUGUUUCCCGCACAAAUCGACGCACACCACCGCAUCAAACGAUCAUAAAAUGCACCACACACACAUACACACGCAUCCCACACCUCUCUUCGUCCAACGCAAUACAAUUAGCUUAAACCCCUUUCUAACGCCCGCGACUGCCAAGGGCCCGGGCCACGUGGAGCAGCGUGGUACAUAGCAUGAAAGUGCCGCCAACAGGCAUCACGGCUACUAUUCAUCUGUCAUGCCACGGUAAGAGCGUUGACAGUUUACUAACAGACAGGAGCGAGAGAGAGACAGAAAUAGAGAGCAACACUGAGUGCACAGCGAGGCAAGUCAAAUGUCAAAGUCACCUGCGUCGUUCUCGGCGGGCAUGCAUAAUCAGCCUUCGCGUCGCCGCGUACGUUUUGUAUUAAUAUGUCAACAAAUGCGUUUACACGACCAAUUAGCGGAUUGUCAGCAAAUAGAGAUGAAAAACAGAACCAGCUCGGGUUAGCGAUAAGACACCGAAGAUGGCUGUGUGGAGUGUGUUGACUAAAAGCUUCAAAAAGUGGCCCCUCUUUCUGUAUCUUAACCUUCAGCGUGCUUCCUUUCGCUACGCUUUUGGGCUACGUCGUCUCUACAAGUCGUUCAUGCGAAUAAACACACACACACACACGCGCGUUGGGGUCCAAUACAAACAGCCUCCGGGUAAAAAUGGCGGCAAAAUUCGGCGUGAUUCAAAGAGGGUACAUAAAUCUCGAGUACAAGUACUUCAUGCUGCUUCCUUUACGCCGUGUGUCUACGCCGCUUUGGAAUAAACUGCGCAAACGAAACGAUCACGCUAGCCGGUUGCAAGUCGUUAUGUUGCAAUACCCGCAGCCGAAACGGCAUUGGCGGCAAAUGCACUUGCAUCCGCGCAUCCGGAGAGUGGCUGCCGCGCUUCGGCCUCGCUCGAUCGUGAGCUUCCAGUUACAACAGACCUUCCAAAAAUCUUCUCAUACUGCACCCGAAGGUCUUGCCAACCAUUCCUGCAGGUUAUGGCGCACUUCCUCCAACCCAAUUGUGUAUGCCGACAAUCAGCCCCCAUUCCCCUGCCUCAACAAACAAACAAACAAACAACAAACGCGAUACGCGACUUCCUUUGCACGGGCGGAACUCACGAAAAAGGUUUCGUCGUCGGUUCGACCAUCGAAGGCUCGCCGGUUUUACGACACUUUUUACCGCGUGUACUCGGUGCCCUCGGUUUGUGUGUGUGUGUGUGUGUGCUGAUUAUUUUCCCAUCAUAGGUCCCCGCUAAUGCCACCCCUCAACAGCCGGUCGGCAAACGUUGGCGCGACCCUGACGCGGUUGGCACGGCACGGCGGCCAUACUGCCGGCACGACGAUCGCGACGACGAUCGCUUUGAUGUAUGCCGUUUGGAGUUCAGGAGGGACGGAGGUAGGAGAGAGGUUUUGUUGUUAUUCUUCUUCUUUUUAUUGCAGUCGUUGUACAAGCGCGCGCAAUCUUCGGUUGGUGGAACUCCGAAUCGCUCGUCUGGUGGUGUGUUUUGCUUAGAACGGAGCUCUAAGUCGCUACUUACUCAUGAGUGGCGAUUACGUCUCUGAAGUUGGUGUGUUUUAAUGAUUUUCAACUGAAGCUCUGACGCACACUUGUCAUUUCAAGCUAAAACACUGACCUAUUGAGCGUAAAAAAGCUCUAAAAAGUUCGAUAAGACAGGUGGAGUAACCACUACAGUACUAUAGCAACUACUAAAACUGAAUCCCAAGCAUUAUAGAAUUGAAUAUCGAACAAUACGUUUGGAUUUUCUAAAACUGGUUCAUACAGCAACAAAAUAUGUCGCUUCAAAGCUUUAAACCAUCAAUGUUAAAGAACUUUAACACCUUUCAAACAUAUCACAUACAUCUGUGGUUUCACUUCACCUAUAAAUAGACCCUGCAAAUUCCACCAAACUUCAAACCACGCUCCAACUGACAAGAAGGAAUGUACGCCGCGUGGCGCUCCAAGAAUUUCUUUCCCCCCGAACAUCAUAUCCGUUGUAACAUAUGCAAAAACCUUUGCAACCAUAUGUGCAUACUCAGACGGGUUGGUUGGUUCGGUUCAGGUCGUCCCUUUUUCGCCAAUACCUCAAAAAGAGCAACAACAAAAAGCACCAGCGACACAAACCUUUCAUCGGUGCAUCGAUCUCGAGGACGUGUGGGUGCAGCACCAGCACCAACGCCAACAGCGGCGGAGUCAAUUUUAUGCGCGAGUAUUUGGGUCAACUGUGCCGACGCCGCGCCACACUAUCGCAUCGCAUGCAUGUUGCCAUAAUUAGCGGCUUUCAUUACUGUUUCAUUAGCUCGCGCGUUCCGUACCGUUACCCUUUGCUGCUGCUGCUGCAUUCCUGCAGCGGACGGGACUGCACAGCUAGCGAGCGCGACGUUCGGUUCCUGCAUCGACAUUAAUAUGCUUCCGUUCCGUCGAGCGCGUGCACACCGUCGAAGGGAGUACGCGGCGCCUCUCGACACUGCGUAUGAUGCACUUGGUAUCGCGAACAUGUGUGUGCGCGUGUGCUUCAUGUGUGAACGUGUUAAUCUUUACUCUAAGUCGAUGCACUUUUGACCGAUUAAUUGUACUGUAGAUAAUGCAAUUAAGGUAACAUCCUUUAUCAGAGGCUUAGCGCUCUUGCCAGAAGAUGUAUUUCCCUACACCACCAACCGGUGUUGUGCAUCAUGCCUUCGUGUGCUCAUUUCGGUAAGGAACACGCUCCCUUCCUUCGGUUCGUGGUCUGUUUCUUAAUGAAUUUUGAUACCUUCUGACGACCACUCAGUCUUAUCUUGAUUGCUUUGAGUUUCACACCGUUGUUGAACAUCUGGAAAACAGCACACACUUUGCAUAAUAAGAUACCUGGCGUGUCUUGGGGGACAAAGCUGCUUUUGACACCUUGCACAUAUCGGCAGUCAGAGGAAGAGGAGCAGCCGGGGAAGCAGCCGUAAUCCCCAUAAUGAAAUCAGAGAAGCAAUACACUUAUCGUGGAUUUUAAGUAUUCUCGAUUGGCCGCUACAAACCAAAAGCUGGUGACUUCUCAAGUCUUGCGUUCCAUCCUUUCUUCACACCAAAAAAGCUACAACCCUUCCAAAGAAGUAAUUCUUGCCAUGUUUUAUUUUAAACCGUUUUCUUGUCAUUUUCGCUUAAAUUCUGUUCGCUUCACGGCACGGCAGAUUACGAUGUCAACUCGAUUUAUUUACCAAACACUCCAACUCCGUUUCUGGCGAUCUUAUGCCAGGAUCUUAUGCCCAAUGUACUGUCCGUAAUCAAUGUUUCCAAAUGGUUCGUGUCUUACACGUUCCGCCGCUUAUUAUGCGCGUACGGGGUCUUUGUAAGUAUCUUAGCACACUUACUUUGGUAAUGGUGCGGUUUUUGUGUGUGUAAACGGUGUCGCCCAUGGUGUCGCUUUUACAGAGUCACUUCAUUUUGGGGGCGCGAGGCAUUUCGCGCUGUCUGGGGGCUCACAUACUUCAAACUUUGCACACACCGUUUAACGUCCAACCGAGCCGAGAGCCAUUUUUAAGUGUCAAAUAUUUUCUGACCAGAAUUCGGCAUCCCGUGUGUAUGUUUCACCCGGCGACAACCCAUUCAAAUGCAGAUCAAGCGCAGAUACACAGCCGCUCACCCAAGUGUUGAACUCUCAGACCGUACGACAACACAAUUGACCGGGCGGCCACCGACCACCGUCGUCACGAGUUAUUAAGAGUGACAUAAAUGGUACCUCCGAAAAACAGGAGGAAGCAGGGUGUUUAGGGGGUUGUACGACUGGUGGAGUGAAAAAAAAAAUCAUCAGAAGUAGCAGCAGACACACACACAAGCAUCCAUUAAUGUCCGAUACUAGUCGUAUCCUCGAGAAAACGCAAGCACCUAAGCAUGGAAGUAAUCGCCACGUUGAUGAUAUGUCAAUGAACCAAAAACAGAAUUUGGUUUGUUUAUACAUAAGAGUUAGGAUCGGCGGAGGAGAUUGCAUGAAAGAGAGUUCAGCAAUAAUACAAGCAAUGCCAUAAUUAGAGUGCCAUAAUUUGGCGGCCAUCAACGCGUUGGUUGGUGUGCGUGAGAGGGCAACGGAUGAAAGGUGAUCGCCCGAACAGCGGGAACCUUCUUCUUCCACGAACGGCAACGGCAGCGAUCGGACGCGCGCAAUCCGUCUAGGUUUAAGUUAGUCGUUAAAAUAAAUUUAUGUGAAGAAAAAUACCGCAACGUCCAGCCCUAGAUUGAUCAUAUGGUGCCGUGACCAGGAUUGAAAACCUUUUUCGAAAAGCGCUAAGUGAAAAGAUUUAUUCGUUGAGCAUUUUUUUUGUUUCGUUUUGUGAUUUAGUGCGUACCGUGCAAAGGAACUAUCGUUAAUACGUGUUUGAGUGUACGAACUUUGGCGGCCAGUAAAUGUGAAAUUUCAACCUGCAAAGGGACAAUCGUGCCGUUUAUUACUCGUCAUUGAUUGCGUGUCCGCGUCUCCGUCGUAUUCAGUCCGUUGCCAACAAGACAGACUAACUACCGCCUUCUUCGGCGUCUUGCCACGGCCAUCGUAAAAGCUAUAAGAAGCGUUCUACCGCAGCCAUCGCGUUUUUGGAUACAAUUCAGCGAUUCACCGCAGUCGCGUAAAAAAAGCUGUGAGGCGUCUUGCCUUUAUUAUAAUAUAAGAUUUCGUUCGUCUUUGAAUCGUGUAACGUCUUGUUACAAAGAACACUAAAGUUAAGUUACUGUCCAAUCCGUUGAACAUUAGUGUGAGAAAACGUCAGCUUAUCUUCCGUGUCGCAACCGGUUGUUUUCGCGCGUGUGAUAUCCGUCUUCGUAAUCGUGUGUUUCCCGCCAGUCGCAGUUUGGAACAGCCAUCCGUCAUCAUCUGUGUGUGUUUCCCUGCCAUCGUCAUUGCAACUGUUUUCCCGAAUCCUGCCAUCUCAACAGGUCAAGUAUAAAGAUGACCGAAAUUGCGAGCCUAAGACAACGGUUGAAUUCUUUAUUCACGAAGCUGAAACGAAAUGAGGUUUUCAUAGCGAACUUCCAGCCUGAACAACACAAGCAUCUCGUGCCUGUCAGGCUCCAAACGAUUGAAGGUAUGGAAAAGGAGUUUGAAACGGCUCAUACGCAAUUGUGUUUGUUAGCGCCCAGUGAAGCUGAGAAGCUAGAAGAAGAGGAGUUGAUGGAUAAUUUUGAGGAAAGGUUCAUAGCUAUGAAAAGCGCCAUGCUAUCGCACAUGCCUACUCAAACAGCUCAAGCCGUUAGCUCUGAGCUUGGCUCAAGCCACGCUCAAAACCCAAGCCACUCUCCCAUUCAAAACCACGUUAAAUUACCAGCCAUCUCUUUGCCCGAAUUUAACGGUGAUAUAAUGCACUGGAUGGCAUUUCAUGAUACCUUUGAAGCAUUAGUUCAUAACAAUGCAAGCGUUUUGGAUAUUCAAAAAUUCCAUUAUUUGAGAGCUUCAUUAACUGGUGAGGCCGCUAGAUUGAUAGAGUCGAUCCCAUUGUGCGCAUCGAAUUACUCCAUCGCAUGGCAGGAGCUCAAGGAGCGAUUCUCAAAUGAAUACCUUCUGCAAAAGAUGCACUUUAAGCAAAUGUUCGGCAUCCCACAAUUACGAAAAGAAUCGUCAGCUGACUUGCAUAGAUUGGUAGAUGAAUUUAAUCGGCAUGUAAAAAUGAUUCAAAAGCUAGGAGAGCCAACCGACCAAUGGAGCUCAAUGUUAGAAUAUGUUUUGUGCUCCAAACUACCAGCGGAAACUCUUACACAUUGGGAAGACAAGGCAGCUAGCAUGAAAAAGCCAACAUAUGAGGCGUUAAUAGAAUUUCUGCAGAGAAGAAUGAAAACAUUAGACUCUGUUUAUAUGAGUAAAUCUGCGGAUGUAAGCUCUACAUCGGUGCCUGCCGUAAGGCCUUCUUCGCAUCUUUCGUACUAUUCGUACACCGCAAAUAAUACCAAACGAUGUCCUUGCUGUCGACUAGAUCACUUAUUAUGGUACUGUAACCAAUUUAUGCGACUUCCGCAAUCUGAGCGCCUUCAGAUAGUGCGAGCGAAGAGUCUCUGCAUUAAUUGUUUAAGAGUCGACCACAGCAUGAAAGAUUGUCCUUCGACCAAUCGGUGCAAACAUUGCAACCAGCAACAUCAUUCUUUAUUGCACUCCUUUGAUUUUGUACGCCGGCAGCACACCCACGACCGAACACUACAUACUAGCCCUCAGGUAGCUCCUAGCGCUUCAUUUAACAGCACAGCAGCAUUGGAAAACGAAAACCGAGCAGCGGACCAACGAGAGAUUGGACAUUGACGUUAAAGGUGCUGGUUGUGCUACGACGAGGGUGCGGGAGUCCGUGUAUGCUGAAAUUCGAUCUCGCACCAGCCAAUUUUCUUGUGGAGUAAAUUUCCUGCUAAUGGAUGAAGUAGCUGCAAAACUUCCUUCCCACCACAUUAAUAUAAGCCGCUGGAACAUUCCGCCUGGACUAUCCCUGGCGGACCCUCAUUUUAAUCAGGCCGAAUCAAUAGAUAUGAUAAUCGGAGCAGAGCAUUUUUACACCUUUUUUCCAACUGCAGAGCGUAUUUAUCUGGCAGAUAAAUUACCAAUACUGAUCAACAGCGUGUUUGGGUGGCUUGUAGUCGGUCCAGCCAGCGAGGAGGUCGUUAAUCCUCACUCAAACCCAACACGAGUAUCAAUGGUUUCUUUAGAAGAAAAAAUAGAGCAGUUUUGGAAGGCAGAGGAGCUACAUGCAUGCGAACCAUAUUCAGUAGAAGAAAAGCAUUGCGAAGAGCUGUAUAGAUCGAAGACUGGAAGAAAUAGUGACGGACGAUACGUGGUGCAGAUGCCUAAACAUCCAGAGUUCUCGGUACGCUUGGGCGAGUCAAAAGGCCAGGCGUUGCGCCGAUUCUACUCAUUAGAAAAGCGCCUAUCCCGAAAUUCGCAAUUGAAGAAGGAGUAUCAUGCCUUCAUGCAAGAAUAUAUAGAUCUCGGACACAUGCAGCCUGUUAAUGAAAAUGCGUCAAGCCCAACGAAAACCUUUUAUCUGCCUCAUCACCCAGUCAUAAAGGAGAGCAGUUCCACUACUAAGGUGAGAGUAGUCUUUGACGGCUCCGCGAAAACAUCUACAGGCUACUCCCUCAACGAAGCACUAUGUGUGGGACCUAUAGUGCAAGAUGAGCUGUUGGACAUUAUUUUGCGUUUUCGCACCUAUUUUGUGGCCUUAGUCGGAGAUAUCGAAAAAAUGUACCGUCAAAUCCUCUUGCAUGAAGAUGACCGCGCAUUAGUGAGAAUAUUGUUUCGAUUCUCAUCAACAUCACCAGUAAAAGAGUAUGAACUGAAUACUGUCACAUACGGUUUGGCUCCUUCCUCUUUCCUAGCUACGCGCACCUUGCUUCAAUUAGUGCAGGACGAAGGAAGCAAUUACCCUCUUGCUAGUCGUGCGAUUCGCAAUUUCUACGUAGAUGACUUCAUUGGCGGGGCAUCAUCUGUUGAGGAAGCUAUACAGCUCCGAUCGGAGCUAACUGGAAUGAUGCUAAAGGGCGGCUUUCCAUUACGAAAGUGGACCUCAAAUCGUUUGGAGGUUUUGCAAGAGCUCGAUGCUUCUCAAAUCGGAACCAAAUCAUCACUGCAGUUUGAUACCGACGAAACUAUAAAAGCCCUAGGUGUCUGCUGGGAACCUGAGCGCGAUAAUUUAUGCUUUGCAUCAAGCAUCAAGCCACUGCAGUUACCCUCUACUAAACGGAGCAUUUGUUCGGAGAUAGCUCGAUUAUUUGACCCGUUGGGUCUUAUCGCUCCUGUCGUAGUGCGAGCAAAAAUAAUGAUGCAGCAGCUUUGGGCGCUAUCGAUUGGCUGGGAUGAGACUGUACCAGAGUCAUUUGGGCUGAAAUGGAAAGAUUUUUAUGAGAAGUUGGAGAUUCUGACUUGCUAUAGAAUCGAACGAUACUGUUUCGCCUUACGAUCGAAUGUGCAACUGCACAUAUUUACUGAUGCUUCAGAGUCGGCAUAUGGCUCAUGCGUUUAUGCAAGGUGCGAGGAUGCCGAGGGGAAUAUUAAAAUAUCUUUGCUUGCAUCGAAAUCUAGAGUAGCUCCAUUGAAGCGUAUAAGCCUGCCUCGUUUAGAACUCUGCGGUGCCGUAUUAGGGGCUCAUCUGUACGAGCACAUUGCCAAAGCCAUUCAGCUUCCUGUGCAGUCGGUACAUUUCUGGUCCGAUUCCAGUAUUACACUACAUUGGAUCAAAGCAGCUCCAAAUACCUGGAAAACAUAUGUGGCAAAUAGAGUAGCAGACAUUCAACAAUGUACGAAGGGCCACACAUGGAGGCAUGUACCUGGACAGCAGAACCCGGCUGAUCUCGUUUCGCGGGGCAUGACGGCACCCGAUUUUAUAAAAAGCAGCAUUUGGAUCUCUGGGCCAGCUUGGCUGGCGCUACCUUCUAAUGAAUGGCCUACAUCUGAACCUCUACUACCGACCGGUAUCGAAAAGGAAACGCGUUUGCUAGUUGCUGUUGCCAGCGCAUCGCCUGCAGUUAACCCUUGGUUCAAAAGGUGGUCAUCAUACUCCCAAUUACUGCACAUUAUUGCAUACUGCAAGCGAUUUAUAAAGAAUCUAAGGCUUAAGGCUAGAACGAAGCCUGCUGGUGACCCGGUAUCCAUCGUAUUGACACCAGAGCAGAAUGAGGAGGCAAAGGCAUUUCUGGUCAAGACUGCUCAAGACGAUGCCUUCCGAAACGAAAUUUCAGCCCUUCGGAACGGCCAACCUAUAAAGAAAAACUCGCCGAUUAGGAAUCUCAACCCGUUUUUGGACAACCAAGGUGUGCUUAGAGUCGGAGGAAGGUUAAACUUAGCUGAUUUGCCGUUCCAGUCAAAGCAUCCUGCUCUCCUUCCAAAGGGGCAUCCGUUUACACGCAACAUAGUGGUUCACUAUCACUGGAAACUACUUCAUGCUGGAGGGCGAAAUCUCAUCAGCAACAUAAGAGAGGAGUUUUGGCCUUUGGAUGCUCGACGAUUAGUUAGAAGCAUAACGCGGGAAUGUUUCCGGUGUUUUCGGUCGGAUCCCUUUAUCGCAUGCCAGCGAAUUGGACAACUACCCGCAUCCAGAGUGACACCUAGCCGACCUUUCAGCAACGUAGGAAUCGACUACGCCGGCCCAUUUUAUUUAAAACCGGUACACAGAAGGGCAGCCGCCUGCAAGGCUUAUCUCUGCCUUUUUGUGUGUUUCGCUACAAAGGCGGUACAUCUCGAGCUGGUAUGUGACUUGUCUACAUCAGCCUUUUUAGCAGCGCUACGAAGAUUCAUUGCUCGCCGUGGUAAGCCGUGUCACAUUCACUCGGAUAACGGAAAAAACUUCGAAGGAGCUAGUAACGAAAUAACAGAAUUGGCAUCGCUCAUCGCUAGAAAGGAAGAAGAACAGCAAGUAAAUGAGUUCUGCACGUCCCAAGGCAUAUCAUGGCACUUUAAUCCCCCAAGGGCUCCUCAUUUCGGCGGACUGUGGGAAUCUGCGGUGAAGGUAGCAAAAAGACAUCUGUAUCGUAUCCUCGGUGCAUCUCGUUUGUCAUUUGAAGAUCUUUAUACGAUACUAACACAAAUCGAAGCGGUCAUGAAUUCGCGACCGUUGCUUCCUCUUUCAGAAAAUCCUGAUGAACUGGCGGCGCUAACUCCGGGCCACUUUCUGAUCGGCACCUCCAUGCAAGCACUUCCCGAACCCAACUUGUGUGACGUUCCCUUAAACCGGUUGGAGCACUAUUGGAAGCUACAAGCCUACGUGCAGCGUUUCUGGGUCCACUGGAAAGGCGAAUAUUUGCAGGAGCUGCAAAAGGACACGGUGGGACAUGAACAGAAUCCUCAGUUCACGAUAGGCAGGAUGGUCAUUCUCAUCGAUGAACUGUUACCCGCAACCCGAUGGCCUUUGGCACGUAUUGUUGAGACGCAUGCUGGAAGGGACGGAAUAACGAGAGUAGUAUCUGUGCGCACCAGUAAGGGUAUAUACAAACGUCCCAUAACAAAAAUAUGCCUGUUACCGAUACCAUCGUCAAUAGACAACGCAGCUUCAGAGGAGGUUGAUUUGAGCAAAGAGAAAUUGAUAGGAGAAUAGUUUGAUAGCGCUGAAUGCACGUGCAGCAGUCUGUAUUUUUGGUUGCACCGUUCUGACGGGAGUUUGUUGUGUUGUGCUUGUUCCGGUAGCAAUCGAUUUGUUGAUAUGCCAUAUCAAGGGGGGGGAGGAUGUUUAUACAUAAGAGUUAGGAUCGGCGGAGGAGAUUGCAUGAAAGAGAGUUCAGCAAUAAUACAAGCAAUGCCAUAAUUAGAGUGCCAUAAUUUGGCGGCCAUCAACGCGUUGGUUGGUGUGCGUGAGAGGGCAACGGAUGAAAGGUGAUCGCCCGAACAGCGGGAACCUUCUUCUUCCACGAACGGCAACGGCAGCGAUCGGACGCGCGCAAUCCGUCUAGGUUUAAGUUAGUCGUUAAAAUAAAUUUAUGUGAAGAAAAAUACCGCAACGUCCAGCCCUAGAUUGAUCAUGGUUUGCAAAUUGUGCGGAAACACAAUCGAUACUCCAACGCGUACAACACUCCCCUUUUGCCUGGUGAAGAUCUUCUCGAGAUUCCGCACACAGUGACUCACGGAUUCUACGCUUCCAAUCGAAAUGGGGACAACACGUCUCUCGGAUUAGCGCGUCUUUAUGACUUUUCGAAACUAUCAUCAGGAAACUAUUUUCCAUGGCAAUUUCUAUUUCGAAAGAAGUUUACGACUUUAAGACAAAUUCAAAGUUACAAAACUCAUCCUUCCGGAUUUGAACAGUCCCUCGCGCACAGGAUUCUGCUGCCGUACGCAAACCCGAAGCACGGAAAGGAGCGUUGUAUUUGUUUGUUUGUUCUAACCGUGGCCCGGCACGGCACCAACAUUCGAUGUAUGUGCCGCAUGUACACACACACACACACAGACACGCCGCCAUUACGACACACAGCUUCCCGGCACUGUCAAUGACGGUCAGUGUUCGAAUUUUCCCAUCUCAACAGCAGCAUUUUUCUGCCAGAUGUCCGCUCGCUCCAAGGUCAAACCGAAAUGUCUUAGCCCCCAUAUCUCCCCCUCCCGUCGGAAGUGAACGAAACCGGAGGGAACCGGGGUCUCUUCCAUCUUGAAUCUUGAAUCGACCAUGCGUACCGAGAUAACCCAUGUCUCGGGCAAGGUUUGGGUUUGCACGGCGGAGAUGGAAGACUUCACUUUUUUUUUCUUUGGUUUAUGGAUCUGCCAUCCCCUUGCCGUACGAGUUUUUGGGGAUGUUUAACUUUCCUUGUUUGCGCAGCUUCUUGGCUGUAUUUUUGCUUCGCUGUCGUCUUUGUGUCUUUGCGCGUCUUCUUCGGUGCUCCUUGAAGCGAUCCGAGAAUGCUGUAUCCGCGUGCUGUGUUCCCCCAUUUUUGGAGACCCACACGGCAUGGCGAGGUGGCGUCGUUCCGUCACAACUCCGAAUCGGUGCGUUUUGGAUUUCGUCUGGUCCGUGGUUGUGUGUAUGUAGCAUUGUCGUACUACGCCACCAGACGAGACCACAAGGGUUGGGGCAGAGGGCAGGCCUUUCAGUUCAUUUAUCAUCGAUUUUCGAUUCUUUUUUCACCACGCGCGAAGAUGAGUGUUGCAUGCAAGAAGAGAUUUUUCGUUACGGCCAUUUGCUUAUUUUUGGACGAAUCUGAUCACGGCCGUGCGGCUGUUUCCACACAAAGACAUUCGGGGUUCGGUAAUAGCGACUCGCAACACCGCCGGGUGGAUGCUUUCGUCUCCAUCAGGAGUUUAGCUUUAAAUGUUUUAUUAUUUUAAAGUGAUCUCUGUGCUUAUAAAAACUUGUUCCGGGAAAUGCAUAUGUUCCGUCGCGAAAUAGCCAAGGUUCUCGUCCGAAAUGGCUCACCCAUUAAUGGCGUGAUUUACGAUUAUCUUCCAUCGAUUGAUCGACAAAAAAAUCGCCACUAAAUAUGUAUCAUAAUGGGUGCACCCCGCACGACUUGUUUGACUUAAUCGAUCGCCAUAACGCCACCUCCACCGCCGGCUGUGCAAAAACUCAUCGCAAGCUCCAAUUUGUCUCAUUUGGGGUGCCCCGCCGCAGUUCAUUUGCAUCUAACGAAUCUCCGUUCCCACCUUUCGUCCCCCUCUAAUAACUGCAUUUUGGCGUGAUCGAGCAUACAUCUCGGCCGAAACCAGUGCAAAAGUCCGUGUGACGGACCAUUGGUGGCCAUCGCGGCAUUAAUCACGGGCAGCAUUUUUAUGUGUCUGCACGCGAUCGUUAACAAUCAAGCAUUCGUGUCUCAAAUAUCGCGAUCGAUGCGGGUGAAAUUUGGAAUGCAAUGUUUAUGGCACCACCGUGCAACCGUGAUCGUUUGGCCAGCAAUGAUGACUUCGGAGAAAAAGCGAAACCACCACCAAAAACCAUCAACAUAAAGCACACACAAAGCGCCAGGGUUGCACAGAGGUUUUUGCAACAUUCCUGCGGGAAUGGGACCAGCAAAUUAUUAGAGCAACCUUCCAACGGCCAACCAGGUCGGCCCAAUGUUGACGGGUAUAAAAAUCCGUGCAUCCGUGGAAAGCAACCAUUAGCCAUAAACGAUCCAAUCGAUCUCCGGGCAACAGUUUGUCCCAAUCAAUACAAACCACACCUCGCGCACCAAACGGGGAGGGGAAAGGUGUAUCGAUCUAAGACGCUGACGAGGGUCGUUCAGAAAUUAUGAUCCUCUCUUUCGUUUCCUUGGACGAGAGGAUCAUAAAAAUCGAACCCGGGCCCGAACGCUGCACACUCCAAACUGAAACCGUACGAGAGGAGGAGAGCGACCUGGAGAAGGCGAAUGCCUGCAUUAGCGGUUGGAAAAGAUUAAUCGGCCCCAUUAGCAUGCGGCGAUGAAGUUUGUUGCAAUGGAUCAGCGCGCGAUUCGACAGUGGAUGCAGAUUUUCGGACACUCGAAUCUUCCACCUCUCCGGAGCAGUUGUGAGAGAAGGCAGCAAACCCGAGAAAACAUAAACAGGCACCAUUCGCACCGUCCCGAACGAGUUGAUGUGUUGUUAUACAUUAACUGAACUGCACAACGGGCACGUACAGCAACAACAAAAGCAGCCAAAAAAGACACCUCCGAACACGCUGAAGAUGGUCAUCAGGAAGGUGAUAUUGAUUAAAAUUAAUAGCAAUAAUUAAGAGUCAAUGUUGUUUUGAAUGGAAACCAUGUGGCAAGAGGAAAGCAAAGAAAAAACAAUACCGAAGGAAAAGGUGUUGAUGUUCCUGUCCAGAAACUAUGCUGUUUCCUUUUGCAUUUCGUGUGACAUUUCCGAAAACAGCGACACUCUCAUAAGCCAAAAAAAACUCUUACAAUCUGCCUCAACUAAACAGGCAAUUUUAACGUGGUGAUAAUUUUAAAUAUCAACAUAUACCACAUACCGUUCAGAAAAGGUAUAGGCGCAACGCGAGACUCACUCUUGCUGCUGCAUAGUUUGGAAAGGCCGAAAGAUUGGAGGGACAGGUCAAAAGUCCUCGAGUCACCUUGACAAGCUGGAAGAUUUUAUGGCCACCAUACGAGCGCGUCUUGCCGCGUCCAACAACAGCCAGCAGCGGCAGCAGUCAGUGUGCGCGAGACCACCACCACCACCACCAAACAUCUGCCAACCACACCACACUCCGAAGCGACACAUAAAAGAUGCCGUGGGGAUCAAGCUCCGAAAAGCCACUCCGUCCGCAUCCACCAACAAAUACACAAACGCACUCCCCCGAAGGAGGCUCAAAACGCAAAAACGAAUAAUACUCCAACCACUCGAUGCUCAGCUUGAUAGUUCGUUUUACGACCGCAUAAAAAGAUGAGAUAUUGGCCUUUUUAAAUUGCCCC